AUCUAUUUAUAGCCCCCACAAAUCCCUUCUUUGGUAUUCUCACAACAACCCAUUUUGCUCUUUUGCUCUCUCUCUGCCUCACUCAAAACAUGGCCAAGUACUUCGCCUUUCUCCUUCUCAUUCUCCUCGCCAUCACAAUGCUGCAAAUUCCUGUCAUGGCCUCUCAAUUUGAGGGUCAGUUGAGCAAGAGUGGAUAUGGCCCUGGCAGCCUCAAGAGCUUCCAAUGCCCAUCCCAUUGCACGAGGCGGUGCAGUAGGACACAGUAUCACAAACCGUGCAUGUUCUUCUGCCAAAAGUGCUGCAAAAAGUGUCUGUGUGUGCCACCGGGGUAUUAUGGGAACAAAGCUGUUUGCCCUUGCUACAACAACUGGAAGACCCAGCAAGGAGGACCAAAAUGCCCUUGAAAUUUCACACACUUUUACUACUACUACUACUACCAAGUCUACCAUCAUAGACUAUAUAUCUAUUAUUAUCACUAGUAUUACUAUGAUGAUUUAUGCUAACUAGAACUAUAUCAUAUGUUACUUCUGAAUUCAUCUUUUGAUGUUGGUUUAUACAAGUAUUAUGUUGGUUUGUGUUUGUGCCACUCCAUUUGAGGGCUUUUCCUCUUGAAUGAGAGUUGGAUUUAUGAACUUGUCUACUUUAUUUUAUCAA